UAUUCUACAUGGUCCGCUGAAAAACAUAAUAUUAUUUUAAUUAGUACUAUAAUUAAACCAAAAUAGACCGUAUCGAAAGGGUAUAAGUCUUAAAAUAAUAUAAAAUUUUUAGAGUUAUUAGUACAAAUCUUAAUAAAUAAGAAAAUUUCUCUCAACAUAACUCAAAUGGGGUGUCAACUGUCAAUAUACGAACAAUUUGUUGUUAUGAAUGCAAUCUCAAAUUUAUUUAAAUUAUGAAAUAAAACUGUGAUUUAUCACGCAAAAUGACUGCUAUUAAAUUAGAAGUAGACGAGUUACUCGCAUGCCGCAUUUGCCUGGCCACGGACUUGAAACUCUUCGGAAUUGUCGAGAGUAAACUGGUUGACGCUUUCGCCGAUAUUCUGGGUACUCCUGUGUCGUCGGGAGACGGGCUGCCCGACCGCGUGUGCGGUUCGUGCCGCACGGCACUGCGGCGCAGCGCGGAGCUGCGCGCGCGCGCCCGCGCGGCUGUCGACGUGUUGCGGCGGCUGUUGCUGCAACAACAUUAUAUUACCACCGAUACCAUCCGCGCUAUCGACCGCACAUCGCUUCGGCUCGACGACAAGACAAACAUACGCGCCGACUACCCCACAGACACAGAAUACCCUGAAACUGACUUUCAGGAUUCAGUCAGCGACCAUGACGACAAAAGUGACGUAGAUUUAGUGGAUACAAAUAUAGUUGAAACGACGGACGUGGUAGAUAAUGGUAGAAGUGUAGAGGACGUGAAACUAGUAGAAACAGGUGUGAUGGUAGAAAAUAGUAGAAAUGACGUGAAGAAAGAGAAGAGGAAAAGAAUUAAAAAUGAGAGAAAGAAAGUUAUUAAGGUCAAAGCGAAACCGGAAGUCGAAUGGGUGGUGAAAAAGAAGCCGGUGAGGAAGAAAACAGGUUUUAAGAGAUAUUUCAUGUGCGAUGAGGAUUACAUUAAGUUUGAGGAGAAAUACAACAUACAGGUGAUCCGAUUAUCAGAAGAGGAGCAGGCGGCCGAGAUGGAGGCGCGGCGGCGCGCGGCCAGCUACCGCGGCGCGCUGGUGCGCUGCGAGCGCUGCUGCAAGGGCUUCCUGUCCGCCUUCACCUACGAGAACCACUUGAAAGUGCACGAUCCGGCGGUGUCCGGGCCCAACGAGUGUCGCUGGUGCGGCUGCCGCUUCAAAUGGCCGAACAACCUCCGAACACACUUGAUAGAAACACAUCAACUCAAAUACGUAUGCAAGCAGUGCCAACGCGUCGUCAAAGGGAGGCACGAAGCCCUGCUGCACGCGGAGUACCACGCCGGCAAGACGUGGCAGUGCGGCCACUGUGCGCGCACUUUCAAAAAGAAAUCGACAUUCUACACGCACGUGCGCAUGAACCACGCGACGUCUGAGCCCACCUCGAGCACGUGCGAGUUGUGUGGCGAGUCCUUUAAGGGCCCGCCCGGCCUCAAGCUGCAUCAAAUUAAAAAGUGCAACAAGAACAGGAAGGCGCAGGAGACGGCGGCGCCGACCAUCGUCGCCAGAAAGGGGUUCAUCUGCGAGGUCUGCGGGAAGAAUUGCACGUCGCUGUCAAUCUUGGCGGUGCACCUUCGAGCGCACACGGGCGACCGACCGCACGCGUGUCCGGGCUGCCCGCUGCGGUUCGCCAAGAAGGACAACAUGGAGAAACACCACCGAGUGGUACACCUCGGGCAGAGGCCGCAAGUGGCAUGCGGCGUGUGCGGCAAGCUGCUGGCGCAUGCGGCGUCGCUCAAGCUGCACGUCAACACCGUGCACCUCAAGCUGCCCGCGCCGCCGCGCGCGCCGCGCCCGCCGCGCACGCGCAGGAAACACAACACUUGUUAAAUUAUGUAUUAUUCAAAUAAUAUAAUAAAAAUUAUGUAUGUGUAAACACAAACAGAAGAUAAAUGUAUACAAAAACGGUCACCCAUCCAAGUACUGACCCCGCCCGACGUUGCUUAACUUCGGUGAUUGGAUGAGAACCUCGAGAUUGGAAAGAAAUAUUUAUUUUAUUGUUUUUAGUAUUUUUUGUUAUAGCGGCAACAGAAAUACAUAAUCUGUAGAAAUUUCAACUGGCUAACUGUCACGGUUCAUGAGAUACAGCCUGGUGACCGACGGACGGACAGCGGAGUCUCAGUAAUAGGGUCCCGUUUGACCCUUUGGGUACGGAACCCUAAAACAGAAAAAGAUGGGAAGGAAAAAACUGUCACGCUCUUAAAAUGUGGACUUUUCUUUGCAAUAAAGUAUACCAUUAGGCGGGUACACAGUCCAUACAGAGCGAGCAUACGCGCGAGGCAAUUUCCUCGCGCGCAAAACGGUCAGUGUAGACGUGCCUCGGCCGACGACGUGGCUAGGGCGUGCUUCGAUGGUACGGUCACGUGCUGUCCCUUUCUUAUGUACGGUCCUAUUCGGCUAUUUAGGGAUUGUCAAGAUUCAAGUCUUUAUCUUAUCUGUGGUUAAGCCCGCAAAGGAACGGUAAGUUGUGCCAACCCUAAUAAUUGCUCGGAGCAAUGCUGAGCCGAACGUUGCCGAGAAUGCCCGAAAGGAGUGUCGUCCUACGGAUAUUAUUUAGAUUUAUGGUGAUAUUACAGAUAUUCGAGGGCUCUUAAUAAAAAAAAUGCCCCAAACCGCGAAUACUAGUCAGUUUUUUUUUUUGAGAUCCAACAGCUGUGACAUUAACAUAGAAAAAUAUAGUAGAUACAGGAAGCCAAUUAUAGAAACUCGUAAUAUAUAAAAUGUCGCAUAAUGUAUCUACUGACACUGAACUUACCUAAUGUAAAUAAAGUGAUAUAAAAUA